AUGAUAGAACCCUCUGAAGACUCAUUUGAGACGAUGAUGGAGCGUAAGAAUCCAUCAUCAAAACAAAUGGAGUCCUCCGAGGGCUCAUCCAACACCACCGAGGAGCCGGCGGGCCGCGGCGCGGAGGCGGCGGGGGCGGCCGGCGGCCCCGGCCGGGGAGAGGCUCAGCUGCUCAUCGAUCUCCUCCAAGACAUGGAGGAGCCAUCCAGUGGCCCACAUAGGGAAAUCACGGAUCCACCCAAUGACCUACUCCAAGACCUGGAGGAGUCAUGCUACGGUGCAGAGCAGGAGGUGGGGGGUCCGUUCAGCCAGGCGCCUGAGGGAAGGGGAGAGAUGCCCGUCACCCCCUGGGGAGACCAAGAGGAGGAAGAGGACAGCACUGACCUGCCCGAGCUGGACGGCGAGGAGAACCCGGCGGAGCAGGCCGACGCCGCGACCGCGGAGACCAUGAGCACGGUGAGGUCCGUCAUCUCGCUGUACUUCCGGAUGCAGGAUCUCAGGGAGCAGCAGAGGGUGGCCGAGGAGAUCCUGACGGAGGCCAUCAGCGCCGGCCGGCUGCCCACGCCCCGGCCCUUCUCGGGCGACCGCCGCGAGUACCACGAGUUCAUCGUGCUCUGCCAGCUGGUGCUGCAGGGCCACCCGCGCAUGUUCUGCAGCGACCGCCUGCGCGUGGGCUACGUCAUCUGCCACCUGUCGGGCCUGGCCCUGGAGUGGGCGCAGGCCCUGCUGCGGGAGGAGAGCCCCCUGCUCGGCGACUUCCCCGCCUUCCUGGAGGCCAUGUCGGAGAGGUUCGAGUACCGGCAGGCCCUGCGCGUGGCAGAGGAGGCCAUGCUGAACAUCCGCCAGGGGGACCGCUGCGCCCUCGACUACAUCGCCGAGUUCCAGGGCCUGGUGCCCACCCUGGGCUGGCCGGACGAGGUCCUGCAGGCCCACCUGUGCCAGGGGCUCAACGAAGACAUCCGGCACUACCUGUUCCGCGUCCCGCAGCCCGACUCGCUCCACAGCCUGAUGGUGCUGGUCCUGCAGAUAGAGGAGAAGCUGGCGGAGAGGAGGGCCAUGCUCAGGCUGCCCCCGGAGGCGCGGCCGCGCAACCUGACCUGGGUCGACUCACCUGCGCCCGAGCGGUGGACGGUGAGCAGCUGGCUGCCCUCCGAAGGGCACCCCGCCAUCAACCGCGACCACCUCUUCCUGCUGCUCAUGGUGAGGGUGAACCCCUACCACAGCGUGGCGGUGCGGGCCCUGGUGGACUCCGGGGCCAGCGGCAACUACAUGGACGAGAGGUUCGCCCAGGAGCACUACGUGGAGCUCUACGAGAAGACUUACCCGAGCCCGGUCCAGAGCGUGGACGGCUCGCUCGUCGGCAGCGAGCCCGUCUGGCUCUACACCGAGCCCCUGGUGUGCAUCCACCAGAACCACCAGGAGUCCCUCGAGUUCGACAUCGUCCCGUCCCCCACCUUCUCGGUGAUCCUGGGCAUGGAGUGGCUCCGCGUCCACAGCCCGGAGGUCGACUGGGCCGGGGGCCGCUGCUCCUUCCACUCUCCCUACUGCCUGAAGAACUGCUUCCGCCCGCCCCCUCCGUGCGUCGCCCUGCAGCGACACGCCAUCAGCCUCCUGCCCGGACUGCCGCCCCUGUACUCCGACCUGGCCGACGUGUUUAACCCGAAGGAAGCAGAUGAUGAGACAUCCGACCAGCCAAGCUCAGACGGAUCCGAUGAUCUUUCUGAAUCAGAGCCCUCUGAGCUUCAGCAGGCUGGAGACAGUGAUCACAGCGAGACCUUUUACGAAUGUCCCUCCAGCGCGCCGUGGGAACCUGUGGGUGCCGAGAUGCAAGAAGCAGCCAAGCCAGACGUGUACUGGGACACACAAGACAUGCUGGACAGCAAGCAGGACUACAUACAGGUGAUCCCCGAGCUGUUCGACCCGCUACACGGCGCCACGUGGUUCACCAAGCUGGAGCUGCGGGGCACCAUCGUGGAGGAGAGCCUGAGCGUCCACCACGUGGAGGACGUGUGGCAGGCGGCCUUCGGCCUGCAGCGCCGGGAGACGGACAGCUACCAGCCCUUCGUGCUCUGCGCGGACCCCAUCAUCCGGCAGAGCGUCAUCCACUUGAUCCUGAAGGACAUGCUGGGCUACUUCGUGCUGUCCUACGGGCAGGACGUGCUCGUGUUCUCCAUGAGCCAGGAGGAGCACGGCCAGCACGUGCGGCAGGUGCUCCUGCGGCUGCGCCACCACAGCGUCCACUGCUCCCUGGCCCGCACCCAGUUCCACCGCCACACGGUCGAGUUCCUGGGCUUCGUCAUCACCCCCAAGGGCGUGAGGCUCAACAAGAGCAUCGUCAACACGGUCACGGGCUACCCCACCCCCGGCUCCAAGAAGUCCCUGCGCCACCUGAUGGAGUUCAUCGUCCCCUACCGGCACUUCGUGGAGCGCUUCGCCGCCCUCACCGAGCCGCUGGUGCGGCAGCUGCUGUCCGAGCGGCCCUUCUACUGGGGCGACGAGGAGCAGGAGGCCUUCGAGGGCCUGAAGCGGGCGUUCCGCAAGGCGCCCCUGCUCCACCACCCCAAGCCCCAGAACCCCUUCUACCUGGAGACGGGCGCCACCAGGACGGCGCUCUACGCCUCCCUGACCCAGGUGGACGAGCAGACCGGCAGGCGGGUCUGCUGCGCCUUCUACUCCCGAACCACCUCCCGGCUCGAGGACAGCUACUCCCCGCUGGAGAUGAAGAUCCUGCCGAUCAGGGCUGCCUUCAUGGUGUGGUGCCGCUACCUGGAGAACACCGAGGAGCCCAUCAUGAUCCUUCUAAACACCGAGGAUCUAGCCUCUCUGAAUAAUGACAGGCUCACCGUACUUCUCCCGGGGCACUGGGUCUUCUUCUUCUCCCACUUCAACUUCGACGUCAUGGAGCGGCCAGACCCAGAGGGCGGCCGGCCCGGGGCGCCCCUGCGGAACCCCCACCGCAGGGGGCUCCCCCGCCUCGGGGCCGCGCGGCCCCGGCUGCUGUUCGCUCUGGGAGGAUCCCGCAGGGAUCAGCUCGCCGAGUCCGGGGAAGAAGAGGAGGGCGAGGAGGCACCCGGGCCGGGUGGGCCGGGCGGCCUGACCCGCCAGCAGGAGUUCCUGGCCCUCAUCCCGGUCGACCAGAUCCUCAGCGCCUUCCUGGCCCACUACAGCGCCGCCCAGAGCCGGGCGGUGGUCCUGCACUUCUUCCGCGGCCUGCUCUUCUGGAAGGACACCCUGGCCGUGGCAGCCCUGCUGGUGCUGCUGAGGGCGCGGCAGCGCCCGGAGAAGCAGGAAGAGAGCCUCACCCGGCCCCAGCGGGGGCCCCGGGACUGCUGGGGUGCACUUCAGAGGAGUCGUCGACCCGAGUUCCGCGGACGGUCCCGUCCCCCGGGACAGGGCGUUGAGCUCAGCGAAGGCCGAAGAGCAGCGGCCCUAGCUGGGGCACACAGCAGGCCUGGCGGUGGCCCCAGGGAUCGCCUGCUGGGCAGAGGCAGGGCAGGGGUCAUGCUCACGGUGACACCUCAGGGGCCCUUCUCAGGAAACAGCAUCCGCAGCAUCAAAAGGACCUGGCGCCGCCGGGCCUGGUCCGAGGGCUCCUCUCAGCCCGCCCCUGCAGCCUCCGGGGGCCGCGGUCUCUGCGGCGCUGGGGAGCAGAGUCUGCAGCUGAAGACGGCUCCUCGGAAGCGGCACGGACCUGGCCCGCCGCACACCCCCGGCUCUGUGCCUCGCUCCCCCUCGCUGACCCCGUCGGGGGCGUCCGCACCAGUACCGCUGGCCUCGCUUCUGCUGUGGCUCCCUGGACAGUCCGGGGCCCGCCGAGCUCAAGCUGCAGCCCAGACACGCUCCUCAGGGACGGCCGAGCUCAGCCCGGGCCCGGGCUCGGCCGUCGCGCCGUCUUCACACCCUCUCCGGGCCCCGCUCUGGCGGAAGGCGUUGCUGGAAGGAGGCGACCGGCUCCGGCCGCCCCAGGGCACAGCUUCACGCCGGGCUGGCGAGCGGGCAUGCAGCGCCUUCCCGGGAGAGGAGCUGAGCUUCGGACACGAGCUUGGGUUACACGCCAGGGCUCUGUCCAAGGCGCCCAGUCACGAGUCGGUGUCCGCCGCGGGCUCCCCCUCCUGCCGGGAGACCCCUCGCGGCCGCCGCGGCACGCCGAUGUCGACACUCGGAGACUCGGGGAUGCGGCAUGUGCGUCACGUCACAGUGCAUGCACCUCUGCGCACCCCUGAACCCGCCUCCCAGGAGCCCCCAGAUGCCCUGGCAUGGGAGGAGGCCCCGGCAGGCAGAGGCGCCCGGCUCGGCGUGGGGGAGGGGCUCUGGUUAGUCAAAUCCCUGGCAAAAAUGAGCCCCGCUGGCCCCACACCCACGGACCAGGCACCUGCUGUGCCCUCGGCCACCUUCCAGACACGUCUGCUCGUAUUGUCAGCCCUCAGCCGCGCAGCCGACGUUCCGUUACGCUUUGAAAGGAGCCAGGUGCAGACGUGA